CGCAAGCCGUCGAACAAGAACUGGCAGAUCUUCGACGUGCGACCCCCACAGACGACGCCACAGCGCAACACGCGACCAAAGCCACACGAAACAUGAUUUACGUUGGUGAUGCUGGCCGCGUCGGCGACGGAGUGAACGGCCAUCACGUGUAUCCAGUGCGGUGCAGUCUCUUUGGCCCGUCCAUCACAGAAGUCGACCGUCGGUACUCGGACUUUGCCUGGCUCCACGCGCAACUCGCCAAAACGUGCCCUGGGUGCAUUUUACCCCCGCUCCCAGGCAAAGUUGUUGGCUUGUUGCACUCACGAGAGUUCCUUGAAGCCCGCCGAAUUGGGUUGCAAAAGUUUCUAACUAACGUGGCCGCCCAUGAAGUGCUCAAGCACGCGUCGUGCUUUCAGCAAUUUUUCCAGGCAUCAACGGUUGAAUUGUCGGCGCUCAAGGCAAAGGCUAAGGUGGUCAGCGACCCCAAGCAGGCGUUGACCAAUUGGUUCGGCAAAACUGUUCAAAAGUUCUCCGAGCACGAUAAGGUCCAAUCUCUGGCGGCCCGCGCCACCGGUCGCGACGUCGUGACCAGGCCCAAGUCGGACCAGGACCUCGCGUUUGACCAAAUCGCUGGGUAUGUUGCCAUGCUCGACACCCACGCAAAGACGUUGCAGCAAAAGGUUCUUGCUGCGUACCGUGCCAACCGCGCGACGUCGGCUGCCUACUGCGACGUGAUUGAAGCAACCUCCGAAUUGGCGGAGCUUGAGUCCUCGUUGCCAGAAAUGAAAUCUGUGGGCUUUCAAUCUGUCAUGGAGAUUGUGGACACGCGAGCGAGGCAGCUCGAUUCGGACUGGGCAAUGCUCACCGACGCAGUCGACGACUUUUCCCGUUGGAUCACGAGUGUCCAAGCAGCGCUUGCCACCCGCGAGGACCGUCGGUUCGCCUACCAGGCGCAACUUGCCGCCGCUGCCAAACUGAGUGGCUGCCCAGAAUCGUCCGACUCGCCGGACAAGCAACGCUCGAGCUUCACGUCGUUCCUUGGCCAGUCGUCGUCGCAGACGAAUCUGCACGUUGCCGUCCAAGAAGCCAAAGCUGAAUUCGACGCCGUCCACGAUCGCGUGAUGAGCGAAGUCGUCAAGUUUCGAGAGGAGAAGGCCAGCGUUCUCAAAGUUAUGUUUCUCCAAUUUGCGAGUCUGCAACUCGACCACGCAACGGAAUUUUCCGAAACCCUGCACCGCGUCGUGCCAAAGCUCAAGGACACAUCGCCGACGCCCGUGGCCAAGGACGACAUCAAGGCUGUAUACAAGUCUAGUGAGCCACACCUGCACUACCAAGACUUUCACGAGCUGUCGAACCAACCGACAAAGGUGCAGCGGAAGCACAGCAUCACGUCCGACCAAGACGCCGUCGUCAACCCGUACGCCGACGUGUCGUUGUAAUCACGUGGUAUUCCAAUACAGUUCGUCUCGAACCGCGGCACACCAACCGCACGUUGGAUUCAGUCCAGGUUAGCUUGCCCAUGCAAGUUGCACUUUUGUGCACAUCGAGAUAAGGCAUCGCUCCCGAUGGAGAUUUCGAUACGUUCAAGGGGUGAGACAGGAUGCCGAAUAGCAUCAUGUCUCAACGAAGCGUCGAUUGGUUGUAGCAGAGGGUGCGCAUCUUCCGUCGCCGUCAGCAGACAUCGAACGACGAGGUGGAAGCACAAGGUCGCCCGUUGGUAAAACAUUUGGUACACUUUGUGCCACGGGCGCGUCUGGGCGUUGGUAGAUAUCGACUCACUUUGGUCCGUGAUGGCACCUCCGAAAUGACUCAAGCGCGAGCAUCUGUGGCACUUUGCAUGCUGAAUGGAAC